AUGUCAUCAACAUCAACAACAACAAUAAAAGAUUCAUAUUUUAGGGAAGGAAAUGUAAUUGUAAUAAGUGGUGCAUCAAGUGGUAUAGGAAGAGGAUUAGCUUUACAAUUAGCUAAAUUUAAAACAAAUAUUGUAUUAAUAGCUAGAACUAAAUCAGCACUUGAACAAGUAUCAAAAGAAUGUUUAUUAAAUGGUGCAUUAUCUACUCUUAUUUUACCUUGUGAUGUUACAAAUGAAGAUCAAGUAAAAAAUUCAAUUGAAUUAAUUAAAAUUAAAUAUAAAGAAAUUAAUCAAUUAUUUUUAUGUGCAGGUAUAAGUGGUAGUAUACCAUUUAUAGAAAUAGAAGAUAUGAAAAUCUUUGAACAAAUUAAUUCUAAUAAUAGUCAUAUUACUGUAAUUAGUAGUAUGUCAGGUAUAAUACCAAUACCAUUAAGAACAGCCUAUUGUAUGAGUAAAUUUGCAGUUGAAGGAUUUUUUAGAACAUUAAGAAGUGAAUUAAAAAAUACACCAAAAUAUUCACAUUUAACAAUAACUUUAAUAUGUCCUGGUUGGGUUGAUACUGAAAUUAGAAAACAUCAUUUAACUGAACAUCAAACAAAUUAUAAUAUUGAUAAUAAUGGUAAAAUGAUGACCAUUGAUGAAUGUGUUUUAAAAACUUUAAAUGCUGUUAGAAUGAAAAAAUAUACACAACGUUUCAAAUUAUUAUAUCAAUUUGCUCCAAUCAUUUAUGAUAUUGUACCUUCUAUUAUUGAAAAUAUGACUAUUAAAAAGACUGGAUAUAAAGAUUUAAUUAUUAAUAAUAAUAAUAAAAAUAUUAAUAAUAAUAAAAAUAAUGGAAAUAAUAAUGAGGAAACUGUUACAGUUAAUAGAAAGUCAAAAUUAUAA